AUGUUCUCAGUAGCAGGGAAGCGCGGCUUUACUAUUGAAUCGUUGGUGGCUAAAGAAAGCCCGUUAAUGGGGGAAGAACCGAUCCGACCCACUGCACUGAGCUACACAGCAACUACAGACAGUUUUCUAAACGCGUAUCAGAACCCAGCAGGUCGCGCGCUCUAUCCCAACCCAGAGGUAGUCUUCCCAGAAUCCGUCCAGCACGCACCCGUCAGCAUGCACCCGCACCAGCUCGGGGGCGCGCACCUUCAGCACCCGCACUUCUUCAGCACUCAGCACCGCGAGCCGCUCAAUUUCUACCCAUGGGUCUUAAGGAACCGAUUCUUUGGACAUCGGUUUCAAGGAAACGAAGUCUCGCAUGACUCUUUGUUGCUGCACGGACCUUUCGCCCGGAAACCGAAGCGGAUCCGCACCGCUUUCUCUCCCUCCCAGCUGCUGCGCCUGGAGCGCGCCUUCGAUAAGAACCACUAUGUUGUGGGAGCGGAGCGCAAACAGCUCGCCAACAGCCUCAGUCUGUCCGAGACUCAGGUGAAGGUAUGGUUCCAGAACCGUAGGACAAAAUACAAACGACAGAAGCUGGAGGAAGAGGGACCUGAGUGUACACAGAAAAAAAAGGGGAACCACCACAUAAACCGCUGGAGGAUUGCCACCAAACAGGCCGGAUCUGAAGACAUAGAUGUUACAUCUGAUGUCUAG